AUGUCAUUCGGACUGACGAAUGCGCCAGCAGGCUUCAUGGAUCUGAUGAAUAGAAUAUUCAAACCGUACUUAGAUCGGUUCGUGAUUGUGUUUAUCGACGACAUUUUGAUUUAUUCACUGGCUUUCUUGGGUCAUGUGGUAUCACAAAGCGGCAUCAAGGUUGACCCAAAGAAGAUCAAAGCUGUAAUAGAAUGGAAACGUCUUGAAUCAGUUACGAAAGUUCGAAGUUUCCUCAGCUUGGCAGGGUACUACAGACGAUUCGUACAAGAUUUUUCAAAGAUCGUUGUACCAUUGACGAAAUUAACUCAGAAGAACGCAAAAUUCAACUGGAUGGAUCAAUGUGAGCUCAGUUUUCUGAAACUGAAAGAGUGUCUAAUGACAGCACCAGUCUUAGCCCUACCAGAAGGAACUGAAGGAUUUACAGUUUACUCUGAUGCGUCAAGAUUAAAGUAUCUAAUUGAGGAAGUACAACAAGGAAAAAGUCAAGAUUUCAGUAUCGUCAACGGAAUACUGAAGUAUGGCAAUCGAAUUCGACAAAAGAGCUAUGCGGACCCCAAGAAAAAAGACAUCGAAUUUCAGAUCGAAGAUUAUGUCUUCCUCAAGGUAUCACCGAUGAAGGGAGUUAUUCGUUCCGAAAAGAAGGGCAAGUUGGCUCCGAGUGGUGGAUGUAAGCGAAGAGUUAACCUACGAGGAACGGGCGGUGCAAAUUGUCGAUAUGCAGAUACGACAAUUGCGGAUGAAGAGAAUUCCGAUGGUGAAAGUCCUAUGAAGGAGUCAAUCUGUAGAAGAGUGCACGUGAGAGACAGAAGAGAAUAUGAGACAGAAGUAUCCUUAUCUAUUCACUCAAGUUCUCUAAUGCUGAUAGGAAGGCUGUACUACCAUAGUCAUGGAACCUUGAGGCAUCUGCGUCGGACAAUCUCUAGCAAAGUGACCCUGUUGGCUACAGUUGAAACACGCUCCAGAAAUACUAUAACACACUCCAUAAUGCCUCUUGUUGCAAUUCAGACAAAUUGGUGCUCCGCCUCCUUUGUCACUCAUGGAUCUGGCACCAAAUCUUGUGCCUGA